GGCGAAGUGUUUCUCUGAUGUUCCUGUCAGUGUUGAGUGAGAGCAGCAGAGACAGCAGCGAGAUGAGUGUGAAAGUGUAUUACACGACUGUGACCGGCUCCAGGGAGGUAAAAUCCCAGCAGUUGGAGGUGAUGCGAGUCAUGGAUGGUAAAGGCAUCUCAUAUGAAUUGAUUGACAUUGCACAGAAUAACUCUUUAAAGGAAGAGAUGAGGAUCAAGUCAGGAAAUCCCAAAGCCUUGCCUCCUCAAAUCUUCAAUGGCGAACAACACUGUGGGGGUUACGAGGAUUUUGUAGAGGCCGUGGAAAUGGCUGACGUGCGGAAGUUCCUGAAACUCGACUGAGAUCUUACCGGUGCCUGAUUGGCCAGAGGCAGAGCGCAGAGGCUGCCUGAAGCAACUCGCUGCCCUGCGUGUGGAUUCAGCUGUGUUAGAGCCUUUUAGAAACAGCCUCUCUGCCUCGCUACUUUAUCGGGAGCUUGCUGCCAAAUCUAUUGUAUUUUGUCCAUGUAAACUGUUAAUGAUUUAAAGAUUAGUCAUUCCGCAAUUGAAUUAGAACUAAUCCAUUCCUUGAGAUGAGUUUGCUGGCUGGAGGGUACUACGACGGAGGGGAGGUGAGGUUUGAGUGACUCGCAGCUCAGGCAAACCUAGUACAAUGGACUUUGGAAGAUCACUGCAUGGGACCAAUCCAGAGAUUGCAUUUCCCAUCUGUUCUGAGAUAUUUGUCCAACUCUUGAAUGGGAAAAGCACCACUUUGUUUUCAAUUGGAAUGUGAUGUUCUGGUGGGUUCAGUUCCUGGAGACUGGCCCCUGACCUAAACAAAGGAAAAUUGGGUCCACUGAGUCUGGGGAAGGUAAGGGAUUCCUGGGUGAUGAGAGGGGGAGGAAGUCCAGGCUGAUGGAAAGAAUACUGUUUUCAUUUUGUUUAAGGUGAGAGCAGUUGUUGGAGUGAAUCAAUGAUGUAGUGAUAUUGAGACUAAAGGCACAAAUUGGAAGGUUAUAGGGUGGUAACUGCCCUCAAGAAAUUAUCAGGUUAGUACUGUCUUGUUGCCAUUUAAACAUAGUGAUUCACUCCAAUAACCGAGCAGUUUGAGAGGAUGUUACAGUAUGAUGAACCAGGCUGUGAAAGUCACCGCUGUCCUGUGAUUAGGCAGUUUAAUGGGACAGAUGAGGUUUGACUGUUAGCUGCUCUUCUCCAUACAUUAGGGAAUUGGGCAUUGUUCCAGUAUGCUCGUAUUUCUAUGGGGGAAUGUUGCAGACUCCAAAUGCUUGGGUAGUUUGUAGAUUGCAACCACUUCGGGUAUCCGGAGUCAUUAUUGCUGCCGUGAGUUUGUGCGCUUGUCCCACGUUUUUUGGGAUUUUGAGUGCCAUUGGUUGACAAGCCAACAACCAUGGGCCAAGAAAUUUAAUUCUUAUUUCAUUUUAAAAACAUAGCAUCUCUCAGAUCUGGCAACAUUUUGUCAUUGAAGAUACAGAAUUCCUCUACCUCUAAUCUGCCUGGUACUUUCUCCCAGUGCUUUGACCAGCUCUAUCUAAACAAAAUGGAUGAUUUAUUGUUCUGGCUGAUUGUCAUGGCAAUGUAAGAGAUACAUAGAAACCAUUCAGCAAAUGCUUUGCUCUUGCAUAUACUGCCUCUGCCUCGCGUUCUUGACUCCUUUUUAAUUCUUUUGUCUUUUUCUUACUCAAUGUUGCUCACUAUUCCUCUCCCUCAUAUCCAACCCUAACUCCUCCUACUUUGUUCCUAGUCUGGACCAAUAAGAAUUUCUGCCAAAAUAUUAAAUAAUGUCUUCCAGGAAGAUAUGAAAUGUUUUGAACGCACAA